UGUACAGAAGGCGGAGACGCAGGGAGUCAAAUUGAAAUUGCCCACUCCUCCUGAACAAAAUGGCUGUCUAUCCAAAACAAGAGUAACGUUAACACGUUGAAGAGCAGCUAGAGGGAAAGCUCAACUCUCACUCUGACCCCGAACCGCUCUGGACCUGGAUAUAUUCUCUCUGUGCUAAGAAAAUUCCUGUAGCGGCGGAGUCCACGCUGUCACCAUGGACACAACGGGAUCUCUGAAGAUGACCGCUAUGGCUGUCCAGAGUAUCUUCAGCCAUGUGGAGGAAGAGAACCUGCCGGCAGUGCGAACCUACCUGGACAAGUACCGGGAGGUGGACAGCAGGAGUGAUAAUGGACAGACUCCUCUGAUGGUGGCGGCCGAGCAGGGCAGUCUUGAGAUUGUGCAAGAGCUCAUCAGGAGAGGAGCCAAUGUUAACCUGGAUGAUGUGGAUUGCUGGACUGCACUGAUUUCUGCUGCCAAGGAGGGUCAUGUUGAAGUGGUGAAGGAGCUGUUGGACAACAAUGCAAACGUGGAGCAUAGAGACAUGGGUGGUUGGACCGCUCUUAUGUGGGCAGCCUAUAAAGGUCGUGUGGAAGUGGCCCGCCUGCUGUUGGAGAAAGGUGCGAACCCCAACAUCACUGGACAGUACAGUGUAUACCCCAUCAUUUGGGCAGCUGGCAGAGGCCAUUCGGAGAUUGUCCGGCUGCUGCUACAACACGGUGCUAAAGUCAACUGCUCUGACAAGUAUGGCACCACAGCGCUAAUCUGGGCAGCCAGGAAAGGCCAUUAUGACUGCGUGAUGCAUCUGCUGGAGAGCGGGGCUAAUGUGGACCAGGAAGGGGCGAACUCAAUGACUGCUCUGAUCGUGGCAGUUCGUGGUGGAUACACUGAGGUGGUGAAGGAGUUGCUGAAGAGAAACCCCAACGUCAACAUGACGGACAAAGAUGGCAACACAGCGCUGAUGAUCGCUGCCAUUGAGGGCCACACUGAGAUAGUGCAGGACCUGCUAGACGCAGACACAUAUGUCAACAUUCCUGACCGGAGUGGAGACACUGUUCUAAUUGCAGCAGUGAGAGGAGGCCACGUGGAGAUUGUCCGAGCUUUGCUACAUAAAUAUGCUGAUAUUGAUGUCAAGGGCCAGGAUUGCAAGACUGCCCUCUACUGGGCUGUAGAAAAAGGCAAUGCCACCAUGGUACGAGAUAUCCUUCAGUGUAACCCAGAUACAGAGGCCUGCACCAAGGAGGGGGAGACUCCACUUAUUAAAGCCACCAAGAUGAGGAACAUUGAGAUUGUUGAGCUUCUUCUCGACAAAGGAGCGAAGGUGUCUGCUGUGGAUAAGAAAGGAGACACAGCCCUGCACAUCGCCAUCAAGGGCCGCAGCAGGAAGCUGGCGGAGCUGCUUUUGAGGAACCCUAAAGACGGCCGCCUGCUCUACAAGCCCAACAAAGAGGGCGAGACACCUUACAACAUCGACUGCACUCACCAGAAGAGCAUCCUCACUCAGAUCUUCGGAGCCAAGCACCUGUCUCCCACUGAGUGUGAUGGUGACAUGCUGGGCUACGACCUGUACAGCAGUGCGUUGGCAGACAUUUUGAGUGAGCCCACCAUGCAGCCGCCCAUCUGCGUUGGCCUGUACGCCCAGUGGGGCAGUGGCAAGUCUUUUCUCCUCAAGAAACUGGAGGAUGAGAUGAAGACAUUUGCCGGCCAGCAGGUGGAGCCAUUGCUGCAGUUUUCCUGGUUGGUGGUGGUGCUGACCCUGCUGCUCUGCGGCUCUGUGGCUCUUCUCCUGGGCUUUACUGUUGACCCCAAGCUGGCCAUUGCUGUGGCUCUCAGCCUGCUUGCUCUCCUCUACAUCUUCUUUGUGCUGGUGUACUUUGGCGGUCGAAAAGAAGGUGAGAGCUGGGCGUGGCUCAUCAGCACCCGGCUGGCCCGUCACAUUGGCUACCUAGAACUGCUGCUCAAACUGAUGUUCGUAAACCCACCGGAGCUCCCUGAGCAGACCACCAAAGCCCUCCCCGUCAGGUUUCUGUUCACAGACUAUAAUCGCCUGUCGAGUGUGGGAGGGGAGACCUCCAUGGCUGAGAUGAUUGCCACGCUGUCAGAUGCAUGUGAAAGAGAGUUUGGCUUCAUGGCCACCAGACUCUUCAGGGUCUUUAAAAAUGAUGAGUCACAAGGAAAAAAGUGGAAGAAGACAUGCUGUGUACCAUCCUUUGUGCUCUUUGCACUGACGCUGGCAUGUCUGGUGACCGGCAUGGCCCUGCUGGCUAUCUUCAAGGUAGAGCCCGCUAAUAUUACAGUGAACGCGGUGCUGGUGGCCAUGGCCAGCGUGGUGGGUCUGGCUCUGCUGCUGAACUGCAGGACCUGGUGGCAAGUUGCUGACUCAGUGCUACACUCACAGAGGAGGAGACUGCAUAGCGCUGCCAACAGCAUGCACAAGCUCAAGAGUGAAGGUUUCAUGAAGGUUCUAAAGUGUGAGGUGGAACUUAUGGCUAAAAUGGCAAAAACCAUUGAUGGCUUCACACAGAAUCAGACUCGCCUGGUCGUAAUCAUCGAUGGCCUGGACUCCUGCGAGCAAGACAAAGUGCUGCAGAUGCUGGAUACGGUUAGGGUGCUUUUCUCUAAGGGCCCUUUCAUUUCCAUCUUUGCCAGCGACCCCCACAUCAUCAUCAAAGCCAUCAACCAGAACCUGAACAGUGUGCUGCGUGACUCCAACAUCAACGGCCACGACUACAUGCGCAACAUUGUGCACUUGCCCGUCUUCCUGAACAGCCGCGGCCUCAGCACAGCCAAGAAGCUCAGCAUGGCAGCGCCCACCAACGGAGACCUGCUUGGCGCUGAGGCAUGGCAUGAGGACAUGGACAGAAAGUUUCAGUCUCAGAACAGUCUUGGAGAGCAGGCGAAGCAGGGCAGUAAGACCGCACUGAACCGCAGGGACACGUACCGGCGGCGUCAGAUGCAGCGCACAGUCACACGUCAGAUGUCCUUUGACCUGACCAAGCUGCUGGUCACCGAGGACUGGUUCAGUGAUAUCAGCCCUCAGACCAUGAGGAGACUGCUCAACAUUGUAUCAGUCACAGGUCGGCUCCUCCGAGCCAAUCAGAUCAUCUUUAACUGGGACCGUUUGGCAUCAUGGAUCAACCUGACGGAGGAGUGGCCCUAUCGGACUUCUUGGCUUAUCCUCUUCCUUGAGGAGAAUGAUAUUGUCUCGGACCAGGUCACGCUUAAGACCAUCUAUGAGAGGAUUUCCAAAAACAUUCCCACCACCAAAGAUGUGGAGCCACUGCUGGAGAUUGACGGAGACAUCCGCAGUUUUGAGGUGUUCCUGUCCUCUCGAACUCCUGUGCUCACAGCUCAUGAUGUAGAGAUGUUCCUGCCCUGCACUGUCAACUUGGACCCCAAACUUCGUGAGAUCAUUGCAGACGUGCGUGAUGCCCGUGAGCAGAUGCACAUCGGAGGAGUGAGCUAUCCCACGCUCCCCUUGCAGGAGGCUCCGGUGCGGACACACUCAGUGUUUGGUCAGGCCCCUACAGCAUGCUCUCCCACCACCUCCUUCCCCGCACAACCCCACAGCAGCUACUUCAGCGGCCUCACCGGCCCACAGCACCCUUUCUACAACCGGCCAUAUUUCCCUCAACAUGUUUAUCACCUGCCCCGACAUUAUCCCGGCAACCCCCUCCAUGCCCCCUCCCGCCCACCCUCCAAACUGGCCUUCCAUAAGGACCUCAGCUCUGGACUAGGCAUUAUCAGAGAAGAUGCCUUUGAGAGAUUCCCCUCCCCCUCUGUGACAAAGUCUCAGCCCCCCAGAGUAAAGCAGGGCUCUGGUCCUGCAGUACCUCCUGGGCUCCUCGGUUCUCUCAGCACUGAGGGAGUGUGCGAGAGACUCAGGCAGAUCGAGGGACUGGACGACAGCAUGAUGGAGCAGUACACCAGCACUGUCAAAAAGGCAAACAUCAAUGGGCGAGUCCUGUGCCAGUGUAACCUGGAUGAGCUGAGGAAGGAGAUGAACAUGAACUUUGGAGACUGGCAUCUCUUCAAGGCAAUGGUGCUGGAGCAGAGGCAGGUGGAGAGCCAGCUGCUGCAGGAGGAGUGUGGAGGUGGCAGUGAGCAGGGCAGCAGUGUUCUGGCCCAACCUGAUCCCCCCUCCCGUCCUGCUGCAGCCCCCAACGACAGCACCCUGCGCUACAGCCUUAAUCUCAGCUUUGAGGAGCUCAGCACAGCUGGUCUGGAGGAACCUGUCAGGCAACCCAGCAACCACUGGACGGGUGCGAGUCACAGGACUUCUAGCAUGUCUAGCCUGAAUUCUCAGGAGUCCUCCAACGACAUCAGCAAGCUGACGGACCGACAGCAAGCCGAGUACCGCAGCGCCUACCAGGACUACAUUUCCCACAUGGCUCAGCUGGAAAGCCAAACCAUACUGGGCUCUGAAGACAAGGCCAAGGAUGGUGAGCAGGAAGGCCGCAAGCCCUUUAAAAGAAACCCCAAAACCGCAGACAGCAUGGCAGACUACGCCAAUGCCCAGGAUGCCAGCCUGCUCCAUCCCAUCACUGAAGAAGACGAAAAACCAGAGCGCGGAGCUGCUCGCAAAGCCUCUGUAAGCCGAGGCAAUUACCACAACGUGUCCAGCCAAGAAGAAGAGGAGGACGAGGAGUCCGGCACCGAGGAGACGGACGCCACCCCUCUGCUCUGGGAAGAGCAGCGGGCAGCUGGAGAGCAGCCGCUCCUGCCCAAGGCCGUGAAGAGCUUCAUCUCAGCAGUCACGUUUGACAAGAAAGAGUCUUCGGACUCAGGCAUGAGGUCCAGUGGCAGCUCUUCGGACCGCUCCUUACAAGACGAAGAAGAAGAGGAAGAGGUAAACUCGCAGGAGAGAGCUGUGGGCCAGGAGGAGGAGCGUCUGAUCCAGCUGGUGCUGGAGAGCCCAGUGCGGAAGCGCCUGAGUGGUAUUCAAGACCCUACCAUAGCCCGCAUGUCCAUCUGCUCAGAGGCUCCGUCUGAGGGCAGCCCGCCGGCAAGCAGCCCUGAGGAGAACUGGCCGGCCUCGGCCGUCACCAACCUGAACCGGCCUACCAGCGACUUGCCUCUGAACAACAACAAUGGCAAUGAGGAGGGCCAAAAUGACAGCACCCCACUCAUCAUUGGGCCGGGCACUGCCACAGUGCCCAACCAGAACUUAAUCGGGGGCCGCCUGCGUAGAACAACGUCUUCUGGACGGGACGCAGAAGGGGGUGAAGAACGGGAGAGCGUGCUGUGAAGAGCCACCAUGGUCUACAGCAGCGGUCACCAGCCUUUGUUCCAGAGAUCUGCCUUCCUAAAGAAGGUUCCAGUCAUAAUAAGGCACACCUACUAUAGACAGUUAACAUCUUCAGUAGACCCCAAUCGUCUGCAUUAGGUGCAGUAGCGUUAGGUGAGAAGGGAGGCAGCAUGGUAGACGUAGUUUGGAACUAAAUUCUGCAGGAAGGUAUAUCUACAGGAAGAAGGGCUUUAUUAUGUGGAUCAGGGGCUGAAGCAAAUCUCUUUAGGGUGGUAGAUCUCCAGGACCAGGAUUGUUCACCACUGUUCUAGUCUUUCAGACUUUUAAUGUCCGCAUUACAGUCGAUAUCACAAGCAAAAUAAGCUAGCAAGUGAAACACUGUAGCUAGCUAGCAGAACUGUCUUUCCUUGCAAGUGAUGCAUUUAGUUUUACCACUUGUAAGAUAUUCUCAGCACACAAGACACACAUCUGCACGCUUAACUGAAAUUUUUGGGGGGAUUUUUCAGUCAUGCUAAUUUAAAUUACAUCCAUGGGCUAACAACAGGUUUGUCCAUUGGGCAGUGUUGACGAGUGCACCAUCACCCCCUACUUAGAGCUCCACCUUCACACUCAGUUUGUUCCCACCCUACAUUAAGUCUACAUUCCCACCCACAUUUAGUCCAAAACUUCUCAUGAUUGUUCUUAUUACAAGAUCACAUCUGGCCCUACAAAACUAGGACAACACUAAAAUGGGCAGGGCAGGGACCACUUGGUCACGCACUGCAGUGUAAAAGCGUUCAUUCAAAGCUGAAACUAUUGUUACUGAUUGCCACACAGAAAAGCCAGUGCAGCUAUUGAUCUUGAUGUUACGUAGUGAUACCUGAUAUUGACUGUAGACCAGUCAUUAUGGAAUAUGAAAUCUGUUGGCAAGAACAUGGAUAAAGUGAGAACUGCAUCAGAUGGCUCACUGUCAGACGAAGGACAAGGGUCAAACUUCCUCAAAGUAAUAAGUGACCAUUUACAAAAUCAUCUCAUUAAACUGAGGCUUUUAGAGUCUUCAGAAAUAGAAAGAACGUAUACAUUUGUAGCAGUUUUAGGUGCUAGAAAAAUGCGGUCAGAAGUGAAGUGAGACUGUAACUGUUUUAGAGGCCGUGCUGUGAAACUCUUAUUGUGGCCUGUUAAGUGUGUUGGAGUUCUUAAUUAACAAUAGGUUAGUGUGCUGUAACAUGUAUUGGUGGAUCAUUAGUGGACUGAUAUCACAGUGAAGAAAUAAAUGUGUGAUGUUGUUUCUGUAAUGUGUAUGGUGACUUAGAAAUUGUGAUCACUCUACGGAGGGCGAAUGCUUUCCACUUUACUAUUUAUUAAUCGUUUGUGCAUAUCAGUGUUACAUCCGGCGAAUAAAAAAAGCUUCUGUCAGAACCCUGAAUGCUCUGUAAGUGUGAUAAGUUAUUUCCUCAAAAUGCAUGGCCAUGUUUAAGGAAGUAAUAAACAUUUCUACAUUGCGAACAG